AUGACCUGGAUCGUCAGAGGUGGCCAACAAUUAGAAUUAGAGGAGUGCGGGCGGGCGGGCGCGUUGGGCGGGUUGGGCGGCCGCGGCGGUGGCGGUGGCGGCGGUGGCGGCGGCGCGUCAGUCGGCGUCCGCGUCCCGCGUCAGGUCGCCGCCGCCGCGCGCCUCGCGUGCUAUGAGUGGCGGGUAUUAUGCCGGCGCCGCAGCCCCGCUCCGCCCGCGCCGCUCCAGCGCGCUCGCCGGCCGCCAGCGCCGCCGCCGCGGUUGCCGCGCGCCGCCUGCACCACACCACCCUCUACAGCGUCUACAGCGCCGACAACAUAA